CCGCGUCGAGCAGCCACCGUUGCUGCUCGCCGCUUUCGCUCUCCUCAACGCCCCUCAACAGCACUUCAGCCUGAGACAUCAAACCAUUCCAGCCUAAGACGACGUAGCACUGCUGCAUCUAAGAGAAGUCAAGGAGCAGAAGCACGGUCUAGCACUGCAGCUGGAAGGUCUAAAUUGCAAACACUUGCUGGGCCUGAGAUAACUCCGCAAGUCGAGGCAACCUAUCAGCCUUAUGUGAAUCCAGGCUACGCUGAGCUCAACCCAGAAUAUGAGCAACCGGCCAAUGCCAAACCAGUAUGGAGUUUGGCAAAGCCAUUGCCUCGUGUAGUCCGACCUGGGAUGGUGCCGACGAGUAGCGAGAUUUUUCAGAGUAGACAACACCCACAAUUGCCAGGAGGGAAUACUCAGAAGCUUGGGAUUGAAGCCGAUCCCAAUGAUCUCGAAGCAGGUAGGAUUCAGCCAGCUAUCAAUCCAGCCAAGGUAUCAGCGCAGCUGAAAGAUUCAAGGGCUCAAAGGGAAGAAAACUUCUUGUCGAGCCAGAUCGGAAGGAGAGGCACGGUCACAGGACGCGGGAGAGCCACCAGCAGAGCGAGUCAGUACCAAGUGAGCUUUGGAGAGCCAGAAAAGAGUCAUACACAACAAGGUCAAGAUGGAAAGGCGGGCGAAGAAGUUCCUCUUGUGUCGCCUGGGAUGGAGAGAACUCCGUCCGCGCCAGACGAGCUCGGUGCGACACCCUUGGAAGCAAUACCAGAACGACAUGAGCCUCCAACACGGCCAGCAUCUUUGGCAGAAGGAGAAGACGAUGAUGCUUCGCAAGCAACACUACACGAGGAUGAAGAGCCAGACUUAUGGGUGGAUAUGGAUCCCAUCAAGCCCAUCGACAAUCCGCCCUUGGUUGCCGAAGUGCAUAACAAUCAUACCUGGUGGUCGAUUGUGAGAACACAGCACCGAGAGUUCUUGGCAGAAUUCCUUGCAACAUUCGUUCAGCUGACCACCGGCUUCUGCGCCGAUACUCAAACCACGCUCAACAAUAAUGGAAACCCCAACAGCACAGCAUGGGCGUGGGGCUUUUCUACCAUGAUCGGCAUUUACAUUUCCGGUGGCAUUUCAGGAGCACAUCUGAACCCUGCCAUCACUCUCAUGCUAUGGUUCUAUCGCGGCUUUCCGAAACGCAAGGUCCCCGAGUACGUCUUAGCACAGCUCCUAGCAGCCUUUCUCGCAGCCUUAGUGGCAUACGGAUUAUACUUCGCCGGUAUCCAAAACUACAUCAAUACCAGCAGCACCACAGACCCAGCGAGCGACAUCUUGAACGGCUUCGUCACUUCGCGACGCUUCACCUUCAUUGACACAGCAACAGCAUUCUUCAACGAGUUUCUCGGCAUUGCAUUUCUAGGCUGCACGAUCCUCGCAUUAGGUGACGACCAAAACGCACCUCCCGGAGCAGGAAUGAAUUCUUUGAUUAUCGGUCUAGUGAUCACAGGCCUGAGUCUCUCCUUCGUAUACAACACCGGUCUCGCCAUGAACCCUACUCGCGAUCUCGGGCCACGUCUAGCGAUGCUCGCUCUAGGAUAUGGAAAGGAGCUCUUUACCAAUCCCUAUUGGUUCUAUGGCCCUAUCGUGGCGCCCAUCCUAGGUGCUUUUGCGGGUGGUGCGCUGUACGAUAUUGCUAUCUUUACUGGAGGUGAGAGUCCGAUUAAUUAUCCUUGGACGAGGACGAAACGGAGUUAUAGGAAAGGCAAUGCUAAGUGGAAGAGGAGACUUCGUCUU